CACUAAUACACAACGUAUUUACAAAAACAUAUUCACACGGUUCAAUAAAGAGAGAACAACUUAAUAAGCCAUGGGUGACGCUCAGCAACUCAAGUCUUGGGAAGAUAGAGCUUCUGUGGCCAGAGCCAAGCGCGAUGCCGGACUGGCCAAGGUUGAGCCCAAGCUGGAGGGCAUCCCCGAUGUCCUGCCCCUUAGUUCACAGGAUCUUCCAAAGUCCGUGCUGACGCCGCGGGAAAUCGAUAUCACGGAGAAAUAUUCCGUUACAGAGCUGCUCAAGAUCCUCAGGGAAAGGAAGAUCUCCGUUGAAGAGGUGACGCGAGCUUUCCUACGCCGAGCAGCGCUAGCCCAAGUUGCCGUCAACUGCCUUACUGAUCUAUUAUGGGAUGAGGCCAUUGCUCGUGCAAAGCAUCUUGAUUCCUUGCCGGAGCCCAAGGGCGCCUUCUUUGGCCUGCCCAUCUCAACCAAGGAGCAUCAUGGCAUGGUUGGCAAAAACAUUACCAGUUGUGCUUCAUAUGUUGGUUGGGUUGGUAAGGAACAUACCUCAAAUUUGCUCUACGACAUUCUCUACAGCGAAGGGUGUGUCUUCUACGCCAGAACAACUCAGCCACAGACGAUUAUGCACUUGGAGACCGAGAGCAAUGUGUACGGCCGCACUGUUAACCCAUACAACCGUGAUUUGACACCAGGAGGAAGCUCUGGUGGCGAAUCUGCGCUGGUUGGUAUGCGUGGCAGUAUUUUGGGCAUUGGUGGCGAUAUCGGAGGCAGUGUUCGGUGUCCAUCAGCUCAUGUUGGCAUCUAUGGUUUCAAGCCAACCGCCAAGCGCAUUUCUGUCUUUGGACAGAUGGCCAAUAUGGCGGGCAAAGAGACAAUCCUUUCCACUCCGGGGCCGAUGACAGUAGAUCGUGAUGCAAUGGAGCUGCUCAUGAAAGUCGCAAUUGCUGCUGAGCCGUGGCGCAUUGACCCGUCACUUACAGCCAAACCAUGGACGCCGUAUCACUUCACGAAGCCACUCAAGAUUGCUGUUCAAUGGUGGGAUGGUAUUGUCCAGCUACACCCUCCCAUGAGGCGCGCGUUAGAAGAGGUUGUCGCCGCCUGUCGAAAGGCUGGCUUCGAGGUGGUUGACUGGAAUUGCGAGUCACUUGGCCAUGAUGAGGCCUGGGAUAUCAUCUCAGGGCUCUAUUGGCCUGAUGGCGGCGAAGAAGUCAUGACUCUGAUGAACGGAGCCGGGGAGCCUAUCUUGCCACUGACGAAAUUUAUUAUUGAAGAGCAGCCAAGCGUCAAGAAGAUGUCCGUGCAGGAACUUUGGGAUAUUUGCGCUCGGCGAGAUGCGUACCGCGCAAGAUAUGCCAAGGCAUGGACAGAGACCGCAGCCAACGGCGAAAGAGAAGUAGAUGUCAUCCUGUGUCCUCCAUCCUUUGGCGCUGCUGCUCCUCACGAGCAGUCUCGAUACUGGGGCUACACUUCUCAGUGGAACCUCCUGGAUUAUCCGGCUGUUGUCUUCCCCGUUACCACUGUCGAUCAAGUUAAAGACGUCAAAGAUCCCAACUACGUACCGAAAAACGACAAGGACCGAUUCGUGUAUGAGAUGUACAGCCCAGAGAAGUAUGUCAAUGCACCCGUCAGUUUGCAGAUUGUUGGAAGACGGCAAUAUGAUGAAAAGGUCCUUGCUGCAUUGGUGGAAAUUGAGCGUGCUAUGGGAAGGCCAUGAUUUGAUAUCGCAUGGAAUGCAAAAGCUUGGUUGAUAGACUACGGGACCUGUAAAUAGAAAAGACCAAUGUGUAGUGU